AUGAUGAGCUCGAGCUUGAGACUGGUGGUCGUGCUGGCGUUGGCGGGCUCGGUUCUCGCCUGCAAUCCCAAUCCGAGGCCACAGGUUCGACCAGCUCCACCCGUGGCCCGUGAGUUUUUCAAUUGAAAUGAGAUGGUGUAGUGCCUGGGAGCUUCACGGCUACUCCUAGGAUCGCUGGUUCGAGUCCUAUCGCAGAAGUUUUUUGCCAUUAUAUUUUUGAAAAAUGUGAGCAUUCUGGCUGUUUUUCCUGUUGAUACUCUGUCGAUAAACCAAAAUUUACGAAAACACUUAAAAUCCUUACAUUCAGGGAUAAAUCGAAUUUUCUAUCUUUCCUUAAAAUCUUAACACAUUUUGGGGUUUUUCUCUCAUUACCGUCAAGAAGACUGAACUUUUUCAUCGAUUUACAAUCAGAAAACGAAAAGCCCUUGAAAAAUGACCAAAAUUCCGCAUGAUCUCCUUUUUUUUUGGAACUUUGAGAAUAUUUAUUUUUUCAGAAGCCGAGCCGUGUACUUGCCUGGUGACGUACGAAGCCGACGUUAUACGGGUUGGUUUCAUUUUGCCGCGGAAUCUUCGUAAAUCCUGUUCCAUUUAAAAACAAAAAGUCACAAAAACAAAAUUUCCUAUUAGAAAAAAACAUGAAAACGAAUAUUAAGUUACAGAUGAUUGGAUAUUAAAUUUCUAGAAAAUUUUUUUCUAAACUAAUCGUAUAGUCGAAAUCUAUGUGAGAGAAAAAGUUAAGAAACCUCAAACUUUAACAAUAAUUUGCAAAAACUAUGAAAAUAAAUUCGAAAUUCCAGAAAAAAAAAACUUUUGAACUACUUAUCCUUCGAAAAUCGUGAAGCAACACUUUGAACAGACUUUUGAUAUUUUUCUAGGAAACAAAAAGUUCUUUUGGAAAUGCCUUAAACUUUAAACAACUGAAACAACACUCUCUUUCGGUUUACUUUCGGAGUAUUUAAAAAAAAAGCUGAAAAUCGUCAAUAUUCAAACAGCCUUAAACAGCACUAUGAACAGGAUUUUGAUAUUUUUUUCAUGGAUAAACUGAAAAAUCUUCAUUUUCUAAACGGUCAAAGCAACCCUAUUUUUCAGUUAAUAAGCCAUUUUUCUCAGGCCGAAAUCCUGCAACAGCCGACGACCCAGAACAACUGCGAGAAGCGCUACCGAUUCACGCCCACUAACAAAAGCGAAUACGUCUUCUUCUUCGUAAUUCCGAGGGAGUUUCCUUCGAAAAUGUCAUUUUCAGCCGAAUAACUCGGAAGAGGUGAAAUACGUGCCGACCGGGUCGGCCCCGGGCUCCCCCCUGUACAUCAACGUGCGCUGCAGCCGCGACGGCGGUCCGGUCCGCAUCUUCGACACCAACUCCGUCCCUCCGGCCCCCACCGGCCCCACCGAGAAGGUCUACAUCGGCAGAUUCGACGGCACUCAAGAGCGAUAA